AUGUCAGCUCUACUGUUCAUUAUAGCAGUAGACUGGGUAAUGAGAUCAACCCUUAGUGAUGAGAAUACCGGCAAAUGGACUCUUUUCAACAAACUAGAGGACUUAGAUUAUGCAGAUGACCUGGCUUUAUUAUCUCAUCUGGAAACACAAAUGCAAAGAAAAACAUCUAAUUUACAAACAAAUGCCAGCAAAAUCGGAUUGAACAUCAACAUAAAGAAAACAGAAGUAAUGUCCCUUAAUACAAAAAGCCCACCCAAAAUACAAUUGAAUGGAGGAGAUAUAAAAAAUACAGAUUAUUUUACAUACCUGGGAAGUGUGGUAACAUCAGAUGGCGGAGCUGACAAGGACAUAAUAUCAAGAUUAGAUGACAUCACAAGAGUGGCACUCAGAUGGACCCCAGAAGGGAAGAGAAGGAAAGGCCGACCAAAAACAACAUGGAGGCGAACAGUGGAGAAAGAACUAAAGGAGAUAAAUCUCACCUGGGGAGAGGUGGAGAAGAUUGCAAAGAAUAGAGAGGAAUGGAAAUCCCUAGUCCUUGCCCUAUGUGCCUCCGGGUGCAGCAAGGACUAG